GUGAUCGUCAUCCAUCGACACAGAACGUCAGUUCUUUAUUUCUUAUAGUGACGUGAGUUUGAAGGAAAGCCAUCAACCACGUCUGUCUACAGUGGUUCUUUUUCCAGCUGGCCGUUCCUCCCGCCUCUUUCAAUUCACUAGCUACUACUAGCUAGUCUAGCUAGUAGCUACUACAAGUGUACGGGUGCACUUGGCAAGCUUCCAGACAAAUAAAUGCUACCGACAACGCAACAACGCAACAACCCAACAACUAUAACAUCGAAUCGAAUCAUCAAGAAGACAAGCUAGGUAGAUAGAUAGAUAGAUAGAUAGAUAGAUAGAGCAAGAGUAAGUGGGUCAGUAUGAGUAAUAGACGCAGAGGAGAUGACGACUAUGACGACUUUGAAGACGAGGACUCGAACUCCCGAAAACGGAGCAAAACGGAUACGAGCUCCAGUAGCGGCGGCGGUAGCUCGACGACGUGUAGUGCUGGGAGUACAUGCACUAACAGCGGUACUAAUAGUAACAGUGGUACCAAUAGUGGUACCAAUAUUGGUAGUGAUCCACCAUUGCAAGCUCCAACACAAAGUCAUGUGCAUACGGGUACGGCUGAAUCCAAACGGAGACUACGAAACGAGCGAGAGCAGCGCAGAUCUUCCCUCAUCUCCAAUCAGUUUGACGCGCUGCGGGAUCUGCUGCUGGACGCGGGAGUUGUGGUCCCGCAAGGAACCAGGGGUACAAUUCUUACCGCUGCAAAACAGUACAUUGAUAUCUUGAAGGACAAGCAGAGACAAGUCGCCGAAAAGAAGGAACGUUUGCUCCACCACUUACAGCAAGUACAAGGGGGACAAGCCCAGGGAAUAUCCGCGUCAGCCAGAACCGUCAGCCACACGGAUGUCAUCAGUGCUGCUGCUGCUGAAACAAUAGCAGCUACAACCACCGAUUCCGAUACUGAUACAGAUGCAGAUACCGGUACUGCAAAGUCCAUUGCAGAUUACACGGCAGUCUUUCAAAAUAAUCCAACUGCCAUGGCCAUUGCUGGAAUUGGAGGCUACUUGGUGGAAUGCAAUGAUUGCUUCCGACGAAUGACAAACAUGGAUUCCCAACAAGACCUAAACCAAACUUCCCUGUUUGCACUCGUUGCAGACAAGGAACUACCAAACGCAUUUGCAAGAAUAUCACAAUGGAUCAUGCACCUCCAUGAAGCUGACUCGAACGAAAAGGCAACGCUUACGUUUCAGAGCAACAUUCGUGUUCACGUUGCAAACAAAGACGAAGACGAAGACAAAGACCACGAAUCAUCACAAAGGGGAAACCAAAACCAUUGGUGGCAGCUGUGUUUGACACCCGUCCAUGAAACCAAGCAAAUUGGCGCUGCACAACACGGCUGUGUCUCGGGCAACUUUUUGCAAUAUAUCUGUGUCUCUUUGCUGCUUCCAGUCCCAAAGUCGCCUUCCCCAACGGCUCCUAGCCCUCUUCUCGUACCGACGCCGAUGCCAAUGACGCAACUUCCCCACACCCCGUUUUAGAAGGUGCCAUCAUGCAUGCAUGUAUGUAUCACAAGAGGGGCCAUUGCACAUACACGUACGUACACACUACACACAGAGAAGGUCUUAUAUAGUACCGUAGCCAUUGUUCCAAGUAACUGUAACUGUACCGGUACUAGUACCUUACAAGUAUAUCGUACACGAGGCAGUGUCACCAACUUUAAUAAUCUCAUGUUUACAUUAGUG